CUCCCAAGUGUAGCCAGCAACAAGGUAGUGAGUGUACAUCACACCCGGGCUGACGCGUGAUUACCAAGGGGAAAAAAUUAAAAGGGGCGAUAAACGCACGAAACAUUCAAGGCAAUGCCCCUUUUGUUGUCAGCGAGCGUUUUAUAAGUGUUUGAUUAGUUUGAAUCUACUUACAUUUUUGGAGGAUGAUACCACAAUGAAGAACGUUAGCCAAAUUUGGCGUUUUAGCUAGCUAAGCGUCAUAUAUGGCUAGCUAGCCCGCCUAGCUAUAUAUUUUAGCCAGCUAUCUAACGUUAGCCAUACUUGUUAGCUAGGUGGUCACGGCUAGCAAAUACAACACAAUCUAGCUACAGUACAGUAGAUUGCUAUCCUAGCCAGAUAAAGCGAGUACUUUUUUUUGUUUUUAAUCUUCGUCGUCUUUUGCCGUUUAACAGCUAGUUAGAAAUGUAGUUGACUAGCAGAUGGACAGUUUCACAGAGGCUCUUUGUCACUACUCGGACGUUUUAUGGUCUUGGUUCUGGGGCGGCUAGGCGUAGCAUGAGACUGUACAGAUGUGGCAGCCAAGUUUGUCCCGUUGUCUCCGGGUCUUGGGUUGGUAAGCACACGGCAAUUUAAAUGCGUUGGAAGAGUCGUUGCUAGAGAACUACGACAUUUAGUUAGAAAUAUAUUGGUCAUUUUUGGACUGAAACGCUAACUAUCCUGUUGACUGUGAAGAUCUAGCUAGCUAUUGUCGCUGGCUAGGUGCUAUCGAGUUUAACUGGGCCAUAUUAGCUAGUUGUAUCUGCCUUGACUAGAGACUUACAAGCGGUCAAAUAUUUGGUGUAACUGCCCAAUGCUAGCUCGCGCAAAGGCGUCCUCAAGAGGCCAAACUUCGUAGCUAGCUGGCUACAUUUGUUGCAUCCACACCACUCAUUUAUUUUUACCCUUGGACUGUCCAUUCGGAUUUACAAAGGGGAUUGGGACAAUUAUUUGCUAUUAAGUGUGAGGUGUGGGCGCCGCAUUCAAGUCUGGCGUUUAAAUACUGCGGUGAUGACUUUAGAAUCCAUGAUGGGUUGUUGCCUGAGCGAGGAGGCGAAGGAGUCCAAACGAAUCAACGCCGAGAUCGAUAAGCAGCUCCGUCGAGACAAGCGAGACGCGAGGAGGGAACUUAAACUUCUUUUGUUGGGCACUGGCGAAAGCGGCAAGAGCACCUUCAUCAAACAGAUGCGCAUCAUCCACGGGACGGGCUACACCGACGAGGACAAAAGAGGCUUCACCAAACUGGUCUAUCAGAACAUCUUCACCUCCAUGCAGUCCAUGAUCCGGGCCUCUGAGACCCUCAAGAUCCAGUACAAGUAUGAACAGAACAAGUCCAACGCGCUGCUGGUGCGUGAGGUGGACGUGGAGAAGGUGUGUUCUUUUGAACAGCCCUACACCAGUGCAAUAAAGAUGCUGUGGACAGACCCUGGUAUCCAGGAGGCCUAUGACCGUAGACGUGAAUAUCAGCUCUCGGACUCCACCAAAUACUAUCUAAGCGAUCUGGAUCGUAUUGCCGAACCAAACUAUCUACCAACCCAACAAGAUGUGCUUAGGGUUCGCAUCCCCACCACAGGGAUCAUUGAAUACCCUUUCGACUUGCAAAGCAUCAUUUUCAGGAUGGUGGAUGUAGGGGGUCAGAGGUCAGAGAGGAGGAAGUGGAUCCACUGCUUUGAGAACGUCACGUCCAUCAUGUUCCUGGUGGCCCUCAGCGAGUAUGACCAGGUCUUGGUGGAGUCUGACAAUGAGAAUCGGAUGGAGGAGAGUAAGGCUUUGUUCCGGACCAUCAUCACAUAUCCCUGGUUCCAGAACUCCUCAGUCAUCUUGUUCCUCAACAAGAAGGACCUCUUAGAGGAGAAGAUAAUCUACUCCCACCUGGUCGACUACUUCCCUGAGUUUGAUGGUCCGCAGAGAGACGCCCAGGCGGGCCGGGAGUUUAUCCUGAAGAUGUUUGUGGACUUGAACCCGGACAGCGACAAGAUCAUCUACUCCCACUUCACCUGCGCCACGGACACCGAGAACAUACGCUUUGUGUUCGCGGCUGUCAAAGACACCAUCUUGCAGCUCAACCUCAAAGAGUACAACCUGGUUUGAGAGAGAAGUUGAGCGAGAGAGAGACCUGCAGCCCACGCACAGCAGAGUGCACAUCUAUACACCAACAAAUUAAACACAGUACACAGUUCUGCACUAAAAUACGCAUGUGAACACAUGCACCAAUAUAAAUACAAACACACACACACACUCUUAAUAGAUCCCAGGCUCUAUCCACCCAUGGCCCCAACAUCCUCCCUCUCCUUGUCUAUGGUUUAAUUGGGUGUGUUUUUUCAGUUACAGUCACCAACCCCCCCCCCCCCCCCAUUCCUCUCUUCCUAUUGCAGCCCAUGCCCCUCCUGAUGACACACACACACACACACACACACACACACAUCUGCUCCAAGGCUGUCAUGACCUGCCUGGGUGGUUGACAGGUCUCAUUUGUCACCCGAUGUGGCUCAGGCCUCUGGGUCACCCCUCUUAAAGGAGCGGGGGGGUAGAGGUCUGUUUUGAUUUGGUGGCUUGUGUGCUGGUGUGAUUUAAAGGAAGGAAAGCUGAGGUUUUGGAGAACAGGAAACAGCUGGUGUCAUCGUCCCCCCUUCACCUCUGCCUACAGGGUAGGAGUGGGGGCUUGGGGACCCACCAGUCUGCAGGGGGAUUGUGGGUAACUGCAUAUAAUUGAAUCAGAACAGGGGCAGGUGGUGCUGAGGUGUGUUGGGAAGCUCUACUCUACAUGGUAUUUUGAGGUGUGUGGAAAAACACACACCCCCCCGCAGACUGGAAGACACCUUGCGCUGUUGAAUGUAAAAAGUGUGUGUAAUACAAGAAUACAAGCAAGAGGAUGCUCACACACAGACAGAGCAAGGGUGGGAGAGAUGAAGUAAAUUGAUCUGUGUAUAUUAAGAAUUGUUUUAGUUUAUUGAUUACUACAAUUGCUACUACUGCUUUCCAGCUAACUUGAGUCACAAGUUGGUCCUCCACACACAAUGUCAGUGCAGCUUCUUUUUGGAAAGGCAUUGGAUAUUUGUUUCCUAUUUGGCCAACAUUUUGAGAAACAGUAGUGAUUAUUAAGAGUAAAUAAUAUUUGUUUAACCAGAUCUCUAGAUGUUGUUGGUCUGACUUUUCCUCCCUGCUUCCAUCCAGGUGUCUCCAUCAGAUGGGGAGGGGGAGGGUUCAUACUGCUGUAAAAACAUGUUUCGUCGGCAAGUCAUCUACCUUUCGUUAGAGACUUCAUACUUUGUUGCAGUUCUGUUCCAUUUCAAUUUUGAAAUGCUUGAGAAGAUGAAUUUCCAUUUAGGAUUGGCGCUUUAUGCAAAUAGCAAAAUAAAAGACACUUAUUAGUGGUUGAAGUUUUAACUGGUCCAUGCUUGCAUAUAAAGAUUUUUGUUUGGUUUUCUUUUUAUCCCAUAUCUUGCUUGGUUAGAGUUCUUAAGAUUCCAUAGCUAACAAUGUCAAUAGAUUUGCUAUUUUGUUUUUGCAACAUAAUUCAGGUGAGUUUUCAUUACUAGGGCUACUACUAACAAAGUUGACAGAAUGAGAAGACUAUAUGGAUGAUAUAGUGCAAUAGGUACAAUUUAAAGUGGUUUUCUGAAUCGGGGAGCCAGAUGGAAGGCUAUUGCCACAGGUUCAGAGUGCGAACUGUCCAGGGACACCAGUUAGCAUUGGAGGAUGACUUCUGCUGGAUAUUUGCCUGUAAACUUUUAACAGCCCGUUUGGGCCCAGAGCAGAGCCUAGUAAAACCACAAGGUGAUGGGGGUCUCACAGCUGCCUGUCUCAGCCAAUCUUCAGUGUGCUCUUCCUUUUCCACCUGCUACUCUUGUCACAAAUCAUGUCUUCUUCAGCGUGACUUUACUCCAUUGUUGUGGGUAGUUAGUUUUACAUCCCCUGCUAAUCAUGUUUCUAUGCUUCACCUUUUGUACACUAAGAAUGACCAUGACUGGGAUUGGACAGGGGGUAUUUUGUAGAAAGACGUUUGAUUGCCACAGUCCUAUUUGCACUCCAAAGAGCUUUGGGUUAGAAUGGUCAAGUGAAACUUAACAAAAAGACUUUAGUUUUGACAGACAUGACAAACUUGUUGUUCAUAUUUUGUAUGUUUGGUGCCAAGUAUUUCUCAUUCUACAUGGCAAGUAAUUACCCUGCUAAGUUAUCUGUGCUCUGUUUAAGCUCUAGCUGUGCAUUUACAAGUAUAUUGAACCUAGGGAUGUUUUGGGUAUAUCCUGAGUAUACUCUUCAAUCCCCUUUACUAAUAUGUCCACUGUAUACUAGUCUGGCUGAAAGAUCCAACUUUUACCUUCCCUAUACGUUGCCUCAUAACAUAAACACCAGGGUUGGUGUAACUAAUGGACAUUUCUAUAAAAAAUAUAUAUAUAUUUUGGAAAAGUUGUCACAUUUCCUUUUAAAACAGCUCAUUUAUAUAUUUACAACAUUUAUACACAUAAAAACAGCAUUUGAAUAUUACAUUUAAAUUUGUUAAAAAGUACAUGUUAAACAAUAGAAACAACCAUGAAUAAAAGUACUUUUCCUUGUAAAAAAAAUAAAAAUUCUGUAAAUGAUUUAACAAGGUAACCAUUUUUAAGACAUGAAAACAUGUUAAGUCACUUUGUUAAAAGGCAGUUUUCGGUCCUUUGGACAGGAACGGGGUGAGUCCUUAUCAAACUCGCCUCCUCCUAAAAAUGUUGCUUUACUGGAGGUGGAAAGUAUUACGUUACAAAAGUUUUAAACAUGUUGGACAUUUUGUAAUGCCUUGUCAUUUGGCCAAGCCACGGGUGGAUGCAUUUGAAGGCCUUUCUUUGUUCCCACGGCCAAUACUUUAUAUACCACAUUAUUUAUGAAGUGUCCGUACAAAGCAGAAAUAUGAAUGCUUCCUGUGCAACUGCAGAUGAGGCUUUUGACUUAAUUAGACAUUUGAAAAUUUGACUUUAGUUCGUGAUUGCAUUUGCCAUGAUCUUGUUGAGAUUGUGGGCAAGUUGUCAGUUCUCUCAGGAGUACGAAGGUCUCUUGUCAGAGCAGGCUGGACUGAGAUGUUGCCUCUGGUACUUUAUAUCUCCACCAACACGGCAGCUUGUUUUUUAAUUGUUUUAGUGGUUACAGCUUCUCUGCUGCUCUUACCUCAAGAAGCACAGUCAUCCCCUUUUGACCUGUGCUUUACUUGCAUAGGUAGAGUAGGGUUUAGUUCUUCUCAUGCUGGGCUCUUUUCAUGCGUGUAAACCCCCAGUAAGUGAUUGUGCUUUUCUUUUGUUUCAUUAUACUCAAUUUCCUGUAAGCAUCAGCAUCAGCUUGUGGUCCAGUGGGUUUGAGGUGUAUGAUGUGCUGUGUGGUUGCUCAGCCCCCCCCCCCCCCCCCCAAAAAAAGGUCCAGUGCAGGCCUCCCUCCCUCCCUGCUGUUUCUAAACAUGGGCAUAGAGUCAGUGUGCCGGUUUACACAAAGUACCCUGGUUUUCACCACAUGGACUAUGGACAGUGUGUUGUAUGUAGCUCAGUGUUAUGUCCACCCUGUAUAGCACACUAAUUGAACGUCACAAUAACUAGUAAGAGAACACGUAAGAGAAAUACCGUCAGCAUUAAAACCAGCACUGUGGGGUUUGUUGAAGGGAUACACUACUAGAAGCAAGUUCGUGCCAUAGACUGAAUAGCAUUAUAUACAAACAGUUGUGACCACUCUUCCAGACAGUUUCCCUUGAAAUAAGCCUGUUAUACUUCAGCUUUAUUUAUUGUAAUACUUUGCCAAGUGAAGGUACCGAAAGGGCAAUAUACUAUAGCAGUUGGAUUAAUCGGUGAAUUAAUUAAUAUAGUGUUGUUUUAGAAUGUCAGCUGUUCUCUCCCCUUACUUGAUCUAUUAUAUUUUAUUUCUUCCGGGUCAAUGCACUGAACCUGCUCUGCAGCAAUGGGACUGCCUGCAUUCAUGCAAUUUACAAGCACGUUUGUCGGUACUAUGAGAUGUGUGUACACUUUUGAUGGUUAAUGCUUUUGCUUGAGAUCGAUACUGAUGUGAUUGAUGCAUAGAAAUACUAAAAGCUAUCUUUGCAUCUUUUUGUUUCUUUUGUAAGUCUGAUGUUACCUGAACACUUGUAUUUAGGACCACUUAAUAUGAUAGAUUUUUUUAAAUAAGAGGUUAAAUAAACUUUGUCUAGUGGUGUGUAAAUUGAAAGUAAUGUAUUUUCUUUUCUAAGUAUAACAAAUGUAAAUUAUGUACAAUAAUGAGUGUGCCAAUCCCCAUUCUUUGUAGAGCCAGACUCUAAACAAGUGCCAAUGUGAAAAAUCAUAAAAAAGGACCUAUGUAUUUCAUGGUCAAAUUUUUAAAACAAAUAAACACUAAGUAUGUGAUUAAGAUAAAUAAAUGAAAAUGGACAACUUUACUCUGUAUUUAGGAUUAAUGAUGAACUUUGGUUUUUAAAUGUCAUUUUAAUUGCAUGUGUUGGGGGUGGAAGGGGAGGAAAUUGUAUUAAUGCAAAGCCCUUCAGAAAAGGGUCCUAAUGGUUAUUGAUUUACAGUAUUUUAGCCAUAUUUCUCUUUUGUAUGUUUCAUUUCAACCACUGUUGCCUGAACCUCAUUCAAACAUGAAAAUGAUUUUCAUAGCCUUCUCCUUCAAAGAAAAAGUAUCUGUUUUCAAUUGGAAUAAAAUGUGUUCCUAUACUCUA